UUGAAGAGAUUGUACAUGUGAAAGAGAACAGCGGAGUCUAUGUUGGGAAACCACGCUUGGAUUGGGCAGCGGAAAACAAAAAAUUUAAUGUCCAAACAUCGUUUCCAUCCAAGACCUCUUAUGAAGAUUAUAAGUUAUUUCUCUUAGACCCUAGGUUCCAUAACCCAACAUUGAUGCUCUCGUUGAGAGUGUCGGACACAUCAAGUGUGCUCUAAGAAUGGCUGGAUCAAGAAGAGUUACCAGGUCAUCCGCCGCCAACGUUGGUAGCGGCCUCCGGUUGACUGUGACGGUGCCAACCAGCGCGUGUCAAGAUGAUUUGGUCAUUAGCCUCAACGAUGUCACUAGCCAGAAUACCACCGAUCUUCGUCACCGCAUUCCAAGGAAACGAGCAGCGAACGUGGGAGGAUCUCAGCAGCCCAAUCAGCAGGUUCCGGUCCAUGGUACCAGUGUGCUGACCCAAAAAUUGUGCAUGGGGGAGGAGAACACGACAACAAAGGAGCAAGUCGUUCCCAGCAGCGGGACAAUGGCAAGGCCCCAGAGCGACAGGCAACUCAAAAGCAAACUAGCCGCCGAGACAAGGACACGGAAAAGGGUGCUGAGGGCAGCUUUACCGGAUAGCUUCCAGAUGCUGCCGAUACCCAGGUAUGACAGAAUCCCCGACCCGCAGGAGCAUUUCAACCGGUACCAAACCCUCAUGAAUGUUGUGACGUUCUCUGAGGAAGUCCUUUGCAAAUCGUUCCCGUCAACUCUCAACGAGCUGGCUGCAGAAUGGAAAAGGUCAGACGAGCCGUUGAGGGAGUUUCUGGCGAGAUGGAAGCUGGAGACCACUAAGGUCUAUGGUGCAGACAAGAAAACGAGAUUGUCUACUUUCUACCUGGUCUUGCGGUCGGGUGAUGUCAUCAGCAUUUCCUCCACUGCCGCAUUUCAGACAUCCAAUGAUCAAUUCCAGUUAGAGCUUGUAAUCAUUCUCCAGAUCUCCUUUCUUCGCUUGACCAGUGUGAGCUUUUUUGGAAAUCCCAAUCUCGUUCCAGUUGAGAGUCUUGGGAGAGAGCUUCCCAAUGUCAAUCCCAAAUUUGGGCAGAUGAAGCUUGGUUCUCAACUGUUUCUGUGAAAUUUUCACUUCUUUGUCUCCUACAGUGGAGUGAAUGAUUUGCGUAGACUUUGUGGGGUCUCUUUUGGAUUGGGAGGUUUGGAUUUUUCCAUUGGUGUAGAACUCCAUAACAUCCUCUUCAUAUUUGGUAUGAAUUACUAACGUUAUUUGCAGGAAGAAAUCAAACGCCAAAUCCCUCCUCACUUAAUUAGCAUCACCAAGAUGUGCUCCUACGGGUUUAGAAAUAAUUGUGUAAAGGUAAUGAUAUAUUUAAUAAUUUACUUAUUCCCUU